AUGUCUCGCAAAACAGAUCAGCACUGUGUCGAGUUUGGUGAUCAGCAGCAUCUCGUUUGGAUGGGCGGCACAAGCUCGCUGGGGGGCUUGGAAGCUGAGGAUACUUGGGAGGAUGAUCUACGCAGUGAGCUGGAGGGGCCGCUCGAGCGACAGAGGAGGAUUGCGGAGUUGCUGAAUCGAUUUGAUGGCGAUGGGCCUGGGAGCGAGGAAGUGUUGGAAGUCUUGGGCCUCGACAGAGGGCUCGAUGUGGGCCAGCAGACUUUCAUUUUGACCUCAGAGCUGCAGCCUGCCACGCAGCGCUUGAUCGACCGUUUGGGCUGCCGUCACCCUGCGACCUUGCAGCGAGUCUCGCAAGUCUACGCCUCGGUGGCUCGGCGUGAGGGCCUGAGCCUCACCGAAUUGAAAGGCUAUGUGGCUUGCGUGCUGACACAGAUUUUGCGAGAGCUUGACCCUGCGACGCCAACGCCUGAUCCACCGACCAGUCCACGGAUCCCGAAGCCUCCAACAGGACCAGGUUGGCCGCCAGGAGCUGAGUCGCCAGGCGGCCCAGGCUGCUCUUCGGACGGGCAGCCUGAACCGAGUGACCUCCAGCGCUUGAUGCAGGAGCUCAGCUCGUUGAACCGGUCGCUGGAUCGCAGAGGCGUUGGCUGCAGCAACCUGGACCUUGAAGCGGAGCCUGCCAGCGAAACACCCGGCGAGGAAAGCGAGGUCCGCAAAAGUGUCGAAGUCUCCGAAGCCGAUGGAGCCGAGCAGAUGCGGCUUCUGAGAAAGGAGCUCGAGGCGCUUAGCCUCUCCUUGCAACACGGAACUAACCAAAACCAGAAAGAAGAAGGAGGAGAGUCUCGAACCUCCACCGAGCCGGCGCGCCCGGCGUCGCCUGUCUUUGAGGCACCGCGGCGCAGCGAAGCAGUUUUUCGAGAGCCCGGGACAAGCGGCCUUGCACCUGGGCCCCGAACGGGGCCUGCCGUGGCCAUGCUUGCGGCCACGCUUGCUCAGCGGGAUAUGGGCAGCCUGGGCAGCUAUCCAGCAGGGUCUGUCAUCGAUCCAGGCAACACCUACGCACGAGCGCUGCGUCAUGCACAGAGGCCCUUGCAGUCUGGUGCAGAGCCGUCCUCAGUCGAAGGGUGCGCCGCGGUGCUGCGGAUGUGGCCACCCCGGGGUCCGGCCAGCACUGGUGAGCCUGACCAUGCAGUGCUGAGGCCAAUGGCGGAUGGCUGGCAGUCCCGCUUGAAGGGCGCAAGCAAGGGCAUCGCCCAUGGGUGGCAGGCCUUUGCCGAGACGAUGGACGGGAUCUUUGUGCCCGAAGCCGGAGUGGACACCGUCGUGGAGUCCGCGGAGGACGUGGAAGAUCCAAAGGAAGGCUCGGAAGGCCCUGAAGGCUUCCCGCCGUCGCGUGACGUGCCUUCCAUCUUCCGCCAGCCGAGUGUCGAGGAGGUUCGGGAGCUGUUGGAGCAAGAGGGCCUUCCAGCGCAUGUUGCAAUCGCAUCUGCCGGCUGCUUCUGCCUGAAGAAGCUCUGCCUGGAUCGGAGCUCGCACCCGUCUCUGUACGUGCUGGACUGCGAGUCCUCGGUGCCGGCUUUGUUUCUGGGCAUGCAAGGCUUCUGCCUGCAUGAGCUGCGCCGCGUCGUGCUGGGUACUGCUCCGUCUGCAAAGCCUCUGUUGUCCUUGGAGUUCGACGAAGGCUUUCUUCCAGUCCGUCUCGGCAGCGCCACGGUGCUCUACGGAGUCCUCGGCGUGCUUUGCGAAGGUCGCCAAGUGCAAAUCGUGCAGCAACCAGACUGGUCAUAA